AUAUAUUUUUUUAUAAACCGCCAAAGGAUUUGGAAAAAAUUAAACAGAUCCCGGAAAAGUCUGGGUAAAUUUGCUUCUGUGAAAGAAUGGAGGCUGUAAAGAAAGCGAAGGAGAGACUGAGACAGUAUCCAAUCUUAUUAGCCCGAUGUCACGAACCGGCGUCGAAGUACGCCACCUGUGUAUUAGCAAAAUCGAAUUUAGAGAGGAACGCUUGCGCCGUGGAGUUCAACGAAUUGAAAAAAUGUCUUGUUAAAGCCGCUGCGAGCAAUAAUACGAGAUUAUAAAUGUGAUCUUGAAGAUUA